AUGAAGCUAUUAUUCCGAGUGACUGACGAGACGGUUGGCUCGGGACGAACUUGCAUAGCAUGGCGUCCCAACGGCAACACUUUGGCUAUGGCCAGCGCUAACAAGUCUGUAAUACUUUAUGACAGAAAAGGAGCUAUAAUUGAUGUUUUAGAUGUAACAGGAGAGCUACCCAUCUGUCUUGCAUGGUCAUCUGUUUCCGAAUUGCUUGCGAUUGGAAACAAUAAUGGAAAUCUUUUCAUCUAUAAUCAUAAGUUAUCUAGGAAGAUUCCGGUACUGGGCAAGCAUCAAAGAAAAAUAACUGGAGUAGCUAUGACAAAGCAAGAUCAAAUCCUUUGUUGCAGUGAUGAUAAUACAAUCACUGUAUCAUCUCCUGAUGGCGAGACUGUAAAAACGAUGACGUUAUCGGCUGAAGCAGAGGAAUUGAAAAUUGGGGAGGUGAAGAGACCCGGAGGCAAUGUAGAUACAAUAGUGAGCGCUGUGUUGGGUAAAAAGACAUUGUUCAUGUCUACCCUAACGGAGAAAUCAGCAGCGACAGAGAAUGAAGCCGACAAUUCAAUGAAUCUACAAUUUCAAGAAAAAUAUGGAAACAUUGUUGCUCAUGUUUGGUACAAUGAUGGUUACAUGAUAGUGGGCUUUGAGAAAGGAUUUGUUGUCUGCAUUUCUGCUCAUCCAUCUGAGAUGGGGCAGGAAAUCUUCAGUGUGGCUGAAUACAAGACUUACCUUGCUGCAGUAGCUGUCAACGAAGCUUUUGGAAAAAUUCUUACAAUCGGCGAUCAUCAGAUCAAAGUUCGUGAAAUGCGAGAACUAAAUGACAUUUUUGUUAUAAUGGAUGUCGAUACGGAAAAAGAUCUCUCUGAAGUGCAAUGUUCACUUGAUGGCCAAUUAGUUGCUGUGGCUGCUAGAGGUGGUGGUGUGUCCGUAUACCUCACCAAGAUGCCAUCGAUGGGUGCAGCCUACGGUGACACCCUGGCUCAACGAAGUAUUGUCAUCAAUGUAGCCAUAGAACCGUCAGUGAUUGCUGUAGGACCACUUCAUAUAGCUGUAGCAACAAAUAAUCGAGUGUGGAUAUACGAUGUGCACCAUUAUGCCUCAAAUCAGCCUGUAGCCGAAAGUGAUUACUUGUCGACCGUUAUCGAUGUGAAACUAAAUGAUGAGUACAUAUGUGUAGCGAUGGAUGGAAAAGCUCGUUUGCAUAGGGUGGGUCAAACAAAGGCUUAG